CUUUUGGGUGGGGACAGUGCGGCGUUAGUUAUUCAUGAGCAGCAAAGGGGGAGCAUCAGAUUUGAACACAGCUUCCUGCAAAGUUUAAAAACGGCUUGCGUGGUGUCCUGGACUUCUUUAUUAGAGCACUUGGGACUUUUAAACACACACACACACACGCAUGCACGCACACGCACACGCACACGCACACGCACGCAUUCUGCUCGUGGUAAAAUGCCUCACAACCACCCCAAGAACCCCAGUCCAAUCCCAGAGGUGACGUGGCAUUCUGGGCUAAAAGAAAUGAACGAGACCUGGAAAGGAGGGGUUGCCUGCCUUGGGGUGGCCGUGUUCUUUGUGAUGACCAUUGGCAUUAUUUACUGGCAAGUGGUGGAUCAGCCCAACAAGAACUGGGUCCUGAGAGGGAGCACCAGUGGGUUUAUCUGGGAAAGGAAAGCUCGCUCCCUCAUCCUACAGACUCUCAGUGAGGAGAAAACCUUGCUGAAGAUCAACCUGGGAAGUUUUCCCAGUGGGGACAUGCCUUUCUUAAAGGAUCUGUGUUGGCUAAACAAGACUGAAUUCUGCUACACCUGGGAGACCAUGGCAGACCUGAAGAUUUCCCUGGGGUCCAGCCUUUCUGCCACCACAGAGUGCUACAACAUCCACUGGAUCUCUCUUCGCUGCCAGGUUAAGCUAAAGGACUGCUUUUCCAUGGUCAAUAUUUCCUGGUAUGGAGGAGCAAGUGUCACCAGCCAACAAUGGCCCAUGAACAAUGUGAGCGUGAAAUCCCAACCAUUCAUUAUCAACAACCUUACCAAAACUCCAAAUGCUUAUGGAUCUGUCUUAGAAAGAUAUUUUUUGGGAUCCACUGGGGUGACAGUGACGAUUGCCUCAGAUAUUCCCAUCUCCCUUUUAGUAGAAAGGAAUACACAAUUUUGCCUCGAGAGUCUCCUUAGCAGUGAAAUGGCUUCCUUGCAAUACAGUGUAUGUGUCAGUCCAGACAUCACAUCUGCCCAUCAGGACGUGGGAAGCCAGUUAUCGGGACAACAGCGGAGGAUGCCAGAGACUAACCUCCUAAGGUUGCCUGUCUGGAGGUACUCUGGAGUGGCAGAUGCUGCUGCUAAAAUGGAGCAAGGAUUAUGUGCUUUCUCUGAUGACCUGCAGGCUCAUCUCAUGGAAGGGCUAAUCAUUCUCAAUGAACAUUCCACAAUGCUACUUUGUAACAUGGACCACGACUAUUUGCCUACACAGAGAAGGAAAAGUCUGCAUGCCCUAAGACGUGCCAUGGACUACUCCUUGAUAAGACCUCUCAAACUUUCCAUCACUCUGUCCCCAUAUGCAAGCAUCACCUCCCAAGUUUUUCAGAUGUCCCUGCAAGAAGGAAGAGAGGAUUUUUGGCUGAGCCACCACUCAGAAUCCGGUGGCUAUUCGGUGCCACUGCUUACCAGAUGGAAAGGACAGUUUUCUGCUUGUUUGAACCUAACUAGCCAAGCCGCCGUUCUUUGGUAUAUGGACCAAGUGAGGUUCUUGAAGCACCAACUGGGAGCAGAGUAUGUGGUCUUUGAAGGUGGUGAAGGCAAUUUAUUUAUGGAGCAAGCCAUUCCAGCCCCCACAAAACUCAGAGGAGAAAAAUACCUCCACAUUUUAACUUUGAUGGCAGCUGCACUUGGAAAUUCAUCAAUAAUUAGUGCUGGCACAAGAACUAGCCACCUGCCAGUCUUUCUCCAAAUGAACCCACGUCACUCUGACUGGAGCUAUGCAGGUUUAAAAGGGAUUAUUCCGUCUGUGCUUCACUACAGUCUUCUUGGUUACAACUUUUUCAUUCCUGAUGCAAUAGGAGGGUCUCUUGGAAGUAAAUUGCUGAUGGAUGAAGAACUGUAUAUCAGAUGGCUGCAGAUUGCGACUUUCCUCCCAGUGAUGUCUUUUGGUGUUCCACCAUGGAUCUGCUGUGCUGGCUGGGUGUUAAACCUCACCAGGCACUAUAUUCAGAGACACCAGAAUUUUGUGGUACCCCUCAUUGAAAAGUAUGGCAAAGAAUGGGUCUCUGUGGGGUACCCUAUUUUUCGACCCAUAUGGUGGCUCAGUCCUAAUGAGCCAAUCACCUUUACCAUUGAUGAUGAAUUCCUUAUAGGAAAUGAGGUACUUGUUGCCCCAAUAACAGAACAAGGACAAAGUCAGAGAGACAUCUACUUGCCCGGAGAAGGUCAGAGGUGGAUGGAUGCCAACACUGCCCAAGUGUUUGAUGGAGGGACUUUCAUCAGAAACUACUCUGUUACACUUCUGGAUGUGCCAGUUUUUCUCAAGACUUAUUAGAUUCCAAGUUGCCCCAGAUUCAGAAGUACUUGUACUUUGGAGAAGGAUGGCUGACAAAGAAAUUCUGUGUAUUCGUGAAGGCUUUCACUGCCGGGAUCCAAUGGUUGUUGUGGGUUUUUUUGGGCUCUUUG